CAGUGUAAGACAGAAAGCGGGUGGCUCAAAAUAAUUUUCUAGCUCUGCCAUUACGUCAGUAACUCGAGUUGAUUAGUCAAGAAAUACAGGUUGUUCAUUAAUACUCCUCGAAAAUAUUAUUUUUGAUCUAUAAUAUUUCACAAUGUCGAACAUGGAAAAGCAUUUGUUUAACCUGAAAUUUGCUGCCAAGAAUUUGGAGAGGUCAGCAAAGAAAAGUGAAAAAUCCGAAAAAGAAGAAAAACUAAAGUUAAAAAAAGCUAUUCAGAAAGGGAACUCUGAAGGUGCAAAAAUUCAUGCUGAGAAUGCUAUCAGAGAGAAAAAUCAGGCUUUGAACUACAGAAGAAUGAGUGCUCGGAUAGAUGCAGUUUCAGCUAGAGUACAAACAGCAAUAACAACCAAAAGGGUCACUCAGUCUAUGGGAGGUGUUGUAAAAUCUAUGGAAUCAGCUAUGAAAUCUAUGAACUUGGAGAAGGUUGCAACAUUAAUGGAUCGAUUUGAGAAAGAAUUUGAAAACCUUGAUGUACAGUCUCAAGUAAUGGAAGGUACAAUGAGCAACACAUCAACUUUAACAGCACCACAAAAUGAAGUCGAUCAACUAAUGAUGCAGGUUGCAGAUGAAGCUGGAUUGGAAUUAAAUAUGAAUCUUCCCUCUGCCCGAGACUCUGCUCUCAGUUCUGCCACAGCUGCCACAAAUUCAACACAGGAACAGGAUGAACUUAGCCAACGGUUAGCUCGAUUGCGACAAAUGUGAAAUGGACUUGUCUCCCUAUAUUACGCCACAUUCAUUAUCAAUUUUAGCUAGUGAUAUUAAUUACUUUUGAACAAUCUGAUCAAUCUCUUUUGCUCUCUUUGUUUAUUUUGUAAAAUUUUAUAAAUCUUCAUAAAUAUGACUGAAUCAUUGUACACAGACACACACACACACAAUAAAUAACCGUAAAAGAAAUUAUGAAUAACUUGUUACUAGUUUAAUUAUAUUUUUAAUUCAAUAUUUAAAUCAGGAAUUCAGCAUGUAUCCAUGAUAAAUAAAGUUGAAAUUUGAUUAAAUAUAAUCAAAAUUAUAUUAUGAACAUAUUUAUCUUUAUUGGUUAUUUUGGCCUUUUUAAUACUCUGUAAUCAUGCUUCACAUCUUGUAAAAACAAGUGCAGUAAGUUGACAAAAUUGAUAGAACAAUGAACAAUAUGCCUUGUGAUGUUUAGUUACAUCUCUUUAAAUUCUGAGUUCAAAGCCUACCAAGGUCAACUUUGCUUUCCAUCCUUCUGGAUUCAAGAAAAUAAGUACGAGUCAAGUUUAGGAUUUGACUGGUACUUAUUUUCUUCACCCCAGAAGAAUUGAUUUAAAAGGUUGAACUCCUUCCUCCAAAAUUUGUGGCCUUUUGCCUUUGUUAGAAAUCGUUAUUGUUAAAGACAGAUUUCCCAUGACAAUUAUCCUACCUUCUUUCAUAUAAUUUGCACACUCCCUUUGCCUGUCAUCUUCACCCUUCUUUUAAAGUGACAAGAUUAGUCUCUUUGGCAUCUUUUAAUGGUUUGGUCAAUAGCAAUGAGCAGUGCCCUUAACCUACAUAAACCAUUUGUAGCUGAUGAGAUUAAUACUAUUUGUCCAGAUUGGGCAUCUGUACCUCAAAGAUCUGCAGGAACCAUGUGUGAAGAGAGAGUUCCAGAGAGUUGAUGCUCAUUGAACCAUUAUAGAAAUUUGGAUAAUUUCUAGUAUGGUUCUAAAACUGACUCGAAAUUAUUCAACUCCUUCACCAGAUUAAGGCUGCAUGAACUUUCUCUUUUUCUUAAAACUUGAAAAACGAAAAAGAAAAAACUAUUGAACCAUUGUAGAAAUUUUGAUAAUUUCUUGUAUGGUUCAAUGAAAUUAUCCUGGUUAUUAAUUUGGAUAACUAUUAAUUACAAAUAGUUACAAAUUACUAAUCUGGAUAAUUUCUGGUUCAUUUUCAUUUUUGAGCUUUAAUAUGGUGGUGAGCUGACAAAAUCAUCAGAGCAUUGAAAAAAUACUUUGUGUUUUUGUCCCACUUCUUUAUGUUCUGAGUUUAAAUCCCACUGGAGCCAACUUUGCUCUUCAUCCUUUCAUAAAAGAAAAUAAAGUACUAGUCAAGUGUUGGGGUUGAUGGUAUCAAUUGACUUCUUCUCUCUGAAUAUUGUUGGCCUUGUACCUAAAUAAGAAAAUUAUUGUUACUUGGUAUUGUCAGUUUUAUAUCUUAAAUGUGCAAAACUCAUAGACAUAAUAAAUUAGAUUAACAACUAGUGUAUCACAAAUUCAUAUCUGCGAUAAACAUUUUGAUAUUUCUAGGUGUUCAGUUGGUUAGAUAUAAAUAAUGUAUCUUCUGAGAGUGAUAGUCUGAUUGUGUACCCAGGGGAUAUUUUGAUUUCUCAUCUACUUGGCGCUGCUGAAUCUAAAGUUAGGAAAUCAUGUAUUUUAUGUAAACAUUGUUUGCCUCUGUUAUCUAAUUAGUAGAUUGUGUCUAAAUGUUUCAAUAAAUUUCCAGUAAAAAAAUAGAUUUUGGAGGUGUUUAAUAAAAUAUCUGCAACUUUAUACAUUGAUACAUAUUAAUCCUGGAGUUAGCCAUCUGAAAUCUCAUCUAGUGAGAUUUUUAUUGAAAUUUUAAUUUAAAUAUGAACGAAUUGAUUAAGAUGGUUUAUCACUAAAAGGG